ACACGUGUAUAAUGUUUUGAUUUCAUAGUUCGUGGUUGGCAACAACUAGCCGGUUUCAAAAUAACUUUUUUCUCUUAUUCCGUCGCGCUCGCGUGUUUAUUGUGUCAAACAAGAAUGAAUCAAUAUUUAUUAUAAGCGUUUGAAGAGUUUUGGUUUUUUGUUUAUUAAUAUUAUUCAAUGGGUCUGUUGACAGAUCCUGGGUCUGGGCGUGGCAAGUUAACCCAACUUUUAGUUACACAUUAUGAUAAGUUAUGUAUAAUUUUAUACGUUGGUGGGAUCGUCUGGUUUAUGCUUCUCGCUCAUGAGCAUUUCAAUGCUGGCACCUACUUCUCGGAGAACGCGCUCCUCCCGGGCCUGGUGAAGGGGGAUUUCGAUGAGGACGUGCUGGCGAAGCAGUACCACUCGGAGCUUCUGGAGGAGGCUGCGAGGUACCCCGACGGCGUGCCGUACCCCUGGCUCCUGGCCAAGUUCCGGCAGCUCAGCCUGGACACCUACACCCACAACUUCACCCUGCAUUACCCCCUGGGACACGGCACGAAAUACACGGGGAAGAACGUGUACGCCAUCAUGCGGGCGCCCCGCAGUGCGAGCACCGAGGCGCUGGUCCUCAGCGUCCCGUACCGCCCCCUGGAUAGCAUCCACCCCACCACCGCACCGUCCGUGGCGCUCAUGAUGUGCCUUGCCAAGUUCUUCAGGCGCCAGAAGUACUGGGCCAAGGACGUGAUAUUCCUGGUGACGGAGCACGAGCAGCUGGGGAUGCAGGCCUGGCUGGAGGCGUACCACCGCACCUCAUGCGGUCGGCCCGGGGUGCUGGACCACGGGGACAUGAUGGGCCGCGGGGGAGCCAUACAGGCGGCCAUCAACCUGGAGCUGCACUCGGAGAAGAUCGGCCACGUGGACGUGAAGGUGGAGGGGCUGAACGGCCAGCUGCCAAACCUAGACCUGGUCAACCUUGUCCACCGCCUGUGCUCCAAGGAGGGCGUGCGGCACACCUUCAAAAACAGGGAUAACCUGAACCACCGCAACCCUGUGAAGGAGUGGUUGUACCAUUUGAAGACACUCAUGGCGAUGGUAUCGACGCAAGCCACGGGCGUUCCGAAUGGCAACCAUGGUUUGUUUCACAGGUUUGGUAUCGAGGCGGUGACUCUGGAGGGCUUCGAGAAGCGGGGCAGGGGCAGUCCGGCGGUGUUCUACCAGCUGGGGAGGGUGAUGGAGGGACUGUUCCGCAGCCUCAACAACCUGCUGGAGAGAUUCCACCAGUCGUACUUCUUCUACCUGCAGCCGGCAACCGACAGAUACAUCUCCAUAGGGAUGUACAUGCCCCCGCUGGGCCUGCUGUGCGCCGCGCUGCUGGUGAAGGCGUUCGGACUGUGGCUGCGCAUGCACGAGGAUCCCGCCGCGCGGGCCGAGAGCACGGCGUCCGGAGCACAGGAAGGCGCGGGCUUCAGCGUGGCGCCGGUGGGCGUGGCCGUGCUGAGCUCCCACGCCCUGGGCGUGGCGCUGCUUUCGGCGCCGCAGACCUUCGCGGCCGCAGGGCUGGCCUGGGCGGGCCUGCCCACCGACGCCUCCCUCUACCUGGGCUACCUGCUGGCGUUCCUCGCCGCCGCCGCGCUGCCGCUGGUGGCUCGCAGCUCCAGGAGCACCGAGGACAGCUGGACGCUCCUGUACAUCGUCGCCCUGCUCGAGCUGGCAACGCUGCUCCUCGCCGUGGCCGUGCACAACUUCUCCCUGGCGCUGGUCACGGCCGUGCUGUACGUGCCGUGCGCCCUGGGGGCCGCGCCCGCGCGCAGCAGGCUGCUGCGCGCCGCGCAGAGGCUGGCGUGGCUCGCGCUGCACCCCCUGCCGCUGCUCACGGCCGUGGUCGGGGCCCACACGGCCGCCUCCUUCCCGGAGGAGCCCUGGGGCGAGCUGUGCCGGCGGGCGCUCCACGCCGCGCGCCAGGCGCUCGUGUUCGCCGUCGUCGACGGCCACGUGUACGGCAGCUGGGCGUUCGGCGUGGCGACGGCCGCGCUCGCCCCCGCCUGGCUGCUCUUCUGGCUGGUCGUCAGCUCCCGGGGCCGCCCGGCCGGGUCGUCGUGAGGGGCCCCCUGUCCUACGCUCCACGUCAUCAGUCGGAAUGUCUCAUUUCCAUUAGUGAUAGGUCAAUUCCUGUUUUUUUCCCGGUUCUCGGUUCGGUACCGGUUCUUAAAAAUCGGUUCUCGGUUCUGACUUAAACAAUAAAAUAAAUAUUAUUCACACAUUAUUUAUGAGGUGUUUUAAGUACUAAAAUAUUUAUUGUUUUGGCUACAAAAAAAGCACUGCUUCAAACUACAGUAAACACACACAACCUAUUAAAAAUGUAAUAUGUAUUAAUAAAAAAACUAAUUCGUAAUAAUAUAGAGAACACUUCAUAAAACUAAAAUUUACUAUAUCAAUCUAGUAAUUACCUCAAUAAAUCUACAUUCACCCUCCUUUAAAACAUAGGAAUAAAAAGAAAAUGUUACAAUAAUGGAAAUAAAUACUAUGAUGGUAACUUUCAAAGAAUUAAAAUAUUAAAUUGUCCAUCAAACAUAUUGCCUACAUUGAAUUCAGUUUGUUUGCACAGUCAACAGUAAAUUACUGCCUCACUUCUGAUGCCAUUUCUUACACAAUUUGCUCUAUUUGGUCAGAAUAAUUAUAAUUUAGAAGUGUCAACAACAUUUCGUUUGACCAGCCAAUAGUAAAAUAAAUCUACACAUCCAUACACCACUUUACUAAAAAAAAAAAAAUUUCCCCCUUCAAAGCAAUCCCAUUUACCUAAAAAGAGAAAGUUACCUACUAGCCAUUACGCUAGAUGGCUGCAGAUGCAGUGAACAUACAGUCCAAAGCACUGCACAAAAAGCAUAACAUUUUAGAAUGCCAAAAAUUAUUAUGGAAAAUUGUAAAUCAAUCAUCAAUUCUAUUAAAAAAUUUUCUGUGGAAUUUUGCACUUUUAAUUGUUCUUUAUACACCAGUCAUGCCUACUUACGUGUCAACGACUCGAUUAACUACCUAUUUUUAAAAACAAAUUGAAACAAACAUGGCGUCUUUCUGUUCUCACAUCUCUGCUGAAGCACGUUAUAUAGUUGCACACAUCUGUGAACUACAUACAUCUAAGGCACCUUCAACUGUUAUGUUUUAAUCGUAUAACGUACUUUGUUUACAGAUGUGACGAGAACAUUAAAUAUUUUCACGUGUAAUUUAUUUUAUAGUUAGAGAUAGAGAUGAAUAUUAUUUCACAGAAGUCCAAAAAAAUAAUUCAUAUGUGAAUUGAACGUGAGUUGAGCCAUUUCAUGCUGCAGUUAAGUUGUAGUGAAGGACUAUUUUCGUAAAGGGUUUUGCUACACUGCCGGUACCGGCACCGAUACCGACAUUUUAGCUGCGGUUCUCGGUGCCGGUUAAAAUGAUGAGAACCGUAGGAACCGAGAACCGGUACCGACCCAUCCCUAAUUUCCAUGCAGUUGUUUCACGUACAAAAAAAUUGUUAAAUCAUCUAGGUUUUUUUUUAUUUUUAUUUUUUUAUUUAGAGAACAGUGGUGUCAUUAUAACUCGCCAUUCAUGUGUGCAAGUUUGCAUUUUUCGAACUUUAACAGUCCAAAAGGCAUAUGAAAUGUAAAGCAGUCACCCAUUAAACCAUGCUGCCAGCAUUUCCACAAAAAAAUGAGUAGUGAGACAUUUCAGACAGUGCAAGCACACCUUGUUCACUGUAACAUGUGUGAAUUUAUUUAUUGUCAUAAUAUGGGGUAGUAUGGCAAUAAAGUUUUGCCAUUGCAAGUGUGAAAGUGAUGAUUGAACGUACAUUCUGUAUGUGUAUUUAUUAAAGUUCAACUGGCUUGUAAAUUAUUUAGUAACAGUGUCUGGGAGGUAAAUACAAUGUACAUGAACUUUGUUUAAAAAAAUUUAAAAAUCAAGGAGAUUGUACUGAUUUAUAUAUUUGUUAUUGAAAUAUUAAAGAAUUUUCAGGACAUUCUAAAUAUUUCUGCCUUUAUAUCUACAAAUUCUUAGUCAAAAAUUAUCUAGAAAUUAUUUUCAAAAAUUAGAAUUUAAAAUAAACUAAAUAAAAUACGCCAGAACCACAAAACAUUUUCUUUUAAAAAAUUUGAUAUUUAAAUAAACCAAUUACAGUUUUGAAUUUAAAUAGUAAAUACUUUUAACAAAAAUAACAAGGAUAUUCUCUCUGACAGUUAUUGUGUACUAAACUUCUUACAGUGCUAUUAUUUAAACUAUUCAAAGUAACAUUUUUUAAUUAUUUAAUUAAAUAAGUACUAUACUAUAAUGCAUGAAAACAAAAUUCAUAUUACGUUUAAAAUAUACUUUCUGAGUACCAUAAAUCUGUUUUGUCAAUACUACAUUUUCUUCUUCCUAAAACCUCUUGCUAACAAUGCUUUUAGUAUUUUUGGUAAAAUAGAUUUUAAACAAAAUAUGAUUGUUACACCAAACAUUUUAGGCAAUUGAUUUUAUUUAUGUAUGUACAGUAAAACCUAGAUUAGUAUAUAUCUCUUUCUGUCAUCAGUCUUUGUCUAAAAAAAAAAAAAAAUACAUUUUUAUAUAACUUAGGUUUAUAAUUAUACAUAUGUAUGUAUACAUACAAUCCUUAUAUGUUUUUUAUGAUUAUAUUGACCAUUUUGUAAAAUUAAAUACAAUAUGUAUGUAUCA